UCCAGAGUUUCGGAAUAUCCGAUGGGCGUGGUUUUCAGCUAAAAUCUUUCGGAGCGGCCAUAACAGCUCAGAAGAGUUCUUGUGUCGUGUGCGUGGAGUUCUCGUCUGAAGUCGAGGAGAAAAAAGAAAAUCCACCAAAAAAAAAAUGGACGUCCAGACAGGGCUGAUUUGCGUAAGUUUGGUAGUCGCAUCGGCUGCUGUUAUUCUCUUUGUGUUAAUGUUUGGCACGAAAGAAAAAACCUACGACGAAGCAAUAGCUGAACAACGCAAGCUACCUGAUGACUUGCUAAUAGGUAAAAGAGAAAAAGGUAAAGAGAAGAAGCAUAAAAAUAAAGCUGGGGGGAAAAAGGUAAAAGAGAAGAAGGAAGAAAAGGAAGACAGGGAAGAUGAAAAAACCGAGCACGUUCAAUUCGAGGAAAAUCCUCAAAUACUCAUUGACGAAGCACCCAUUCAGGAGGAAAAAAAUAUCAAGGGGAACAAGAAGAAGGGAAAAGUUGACAAAGUGAAACCGAUUCUUCUCAACAAAGAUGAGCCGGUGGUUUUGGUACCAGAACCCAGUCUUUCACAACCCCAGUCAGAAGACAUUAAUCAUUUUGAUUUGACUCAACCCAAAGAUGAUCUUGAACUUAUUCGUAGUCACAGCAAGGACAAUUUACAUCAAAUGACACAGUCCGAACCAAUUGUCAACAAAUCUCUCGUAGACACUCCGACGAAAACUAAGAAGAACGCAAAAGAACAACCUAAGAAAGGUGGGGAUGCAAAGGAGGAAAAAAAAGAUGUUGGAAACGCUCCACAGCAACAAGCACUCAAAGAAACUCCCAAGGAAAUUAAAGAGCAACAAAAAGAAACUCCUGUUAAAACAGCCAAAGAAAUUGUAAAAGAAAUCUCAGUUCCUGUCCAGUCAUCGGUUAAAGAAUCUAAGAAUAAGAAGAAGAGGAAUGACAUUUUAGCACAAAUUGGGGGCGACAAGGAUGGCGUCAACAUAUCUUUGCUUAUGCCUCUUAUUCAGAAGGCAGAACUUAGCCGGUCUGAAAUUCAAAUUCUUACUGAUCAGUUGUUGAACAAACAAUUAGAUAAUCCUUUAGAGCAUUCUGAGUGGACCGAAGGUCGCACAGAUCCUGUGAUUAAACUUAAAAAACAGUUGGCAGAGAAGGAAAAAGCAUUGGCUGAUGAACAAGAGGCAAGUGUUGCUGUUCAGAAUAAGCUAAAAGAAUUGCGCUCAGAAUUGAAUGCUGAAAAGUCUAGGCUCUCUGCGAACGUGAGGCAGCUUGAAGAAACUUUGAGUGCCAAAGCUACCGAGGCUCAGACUCUGCAUACUCGUGUGCAACACAUAUUGGAGAGUCAUGCUGCAGAGAAACAAGGAUUUGCCAGACAAAUAGAACAAUUGCAAAGCCAGGUUAACGAAAAGAUGACUAUUAUUCAUCAAAUGCAAGAGGAUCAGGGACAAACUCAAGGACAUCUUCAGCAAGAACUUGUCACACAGAGAAAGCAACUGGAGGUACAAUAUUCGCAGAUGAGGGAAAACGAGAACGCCUUGAAAGCGCAACUUGCCCAAAAACAUGUGGAAAUUCAAGAACUGCAGAAUAUUAAUAUGACCGUUAACCAAGAGAUCCAGAUGCUGCGAUCUACGUGUGAAAAUAGCGCUGCUGAUGUUGAGCGGCACAGGCAACAGCUAGCGAUGACGCAAGAGCAGUUAAUGCAUUCCCAGGGACAGCUGCAGCAUUAUAAGGAAGCAGGAGAAAGACUUCAGGAGAUGGUUAGACAGCUCGAGGAAUCUCAUCGUACAAUUGAUGAUUUAGAACAUAGACUGCAAAAUACGCUUCGCCACGAACAAGACCUUCAAAAACAAUUGAACUCCGUUAAAUCAGAGUUGAACGCUGUGAAAAACGAAGCUAACGAGGCCAACAAUCUUAAAGCUGAACUUAACAAGGUACAAGCCGAGUUGAACAAAUUAAAGUCUGACCUUUCAGUCUCUCAAAACGAAGCAAAGACUGAGGCAGUCGAAAUUACUUCACUCAGGACUGAGUUGAGCAUGACGCAAAACGAACUCAAACAAUCGCAGUCAAACUUAAUUGUCGCCCAGACUGAACUAAAGAACUCGCAAUCCAGCUGUAACAAACUUCAAAAAGAUUUCGAUAUCAUUCAAGCAGAUCUUAGGAAAUCAGCGGGUGAACUGGUUAAGGCUCAAAGUGAAAGUAAAAAUGCAAAAACUGAACUCUCUAAGGCACAGAGCGACUUGAAUAAGAUUCAAACAGAAUUAGCCAAGACCCAGGAGGAACUUAGAAACGCCCACAAAACUGUGUCUGAACUGAAAAUGUUGUCUGUUGAGGUUGAAAGGCUACAGCAGGGUGCGAGAAAUUCUUCUGAAUCACAAAUCGAAGUUGCAAGACUGCAAGAAGAAAAUAACAGACUCUCGUCACAGUCUGGGACUCUUGGUGAGCUGCAAAAGGAGAUUAGAAAACUUCGCGAGGAAAAUGAGUUCUUAGCCUCUCAGUUAGUAGCUAAUACGGAACGUCCAGAUGCCGAAGGCCGUGAAAAUGGCGUUGAAACAAAGGCUGUUAAGAACAUUCAACAUAUUGAACACAACAAUUUACUAGAACAGAAGGAAACUCUGCUGGAGAAGCUGAGAGUGGAAGUAAAUCAGAAAGACACGGAGCUGAGUAAGCUUACUGUCCAGUUGGAGACACUGAAAAGCGAUAUGAACAACGAACGUCGUCAAAGAACAAAUCUUCAGGACGAACUCGAGGUUCAGAAACAGAAGAACAAUGAAUUACGAACUAAGAACUGGAAAGUGAUGGAAGCUCUUUCAGCAGCAGAGUCUCGCACAAGUUCUAAUUCCAGAAGAGCAAUUGAUGAGUUAUCGCAGAAAGUUGGAAGAGAUGAACAGAAAUCCACUGACAUGUUACUGCAGAGGAUAUUCCCCGAUGUUAGUAUUGCUGAAUCUUCUCAUGAGAAGUGGUUGACUGCCAUUGAAGGUAAAGUUUCUUCACUUGUCAAGGACUCCAAACGUAAACAAGAAGACAUGGAAAAGGAGAAUCAGAGCCUACGGGGGAUGGUGUCGUAUUAUGAAGAAAUAUUUCACAAUACAGAACGAACACUUAACGAACUUCAAAAUCACCUAGAAUCGGAAGAAGCGAGGUGGCAGGCACAGAUUAAACAAAAAGAAGAAAUUUUAACUAGUCUUAAAACUGAACUUGACAGUCUUCGAAGCAAAUCUGGCCUCACAGAACAGCUCGAUAAGAAAAUAUCUGAAUUGGAAACGAGAUUAGCUGAAGCAGAAACCUUCAGACACCAAGCCCAAACCCAAUUGUCAUCUUUUAAAAUUCAAUCCGAAUCAUCUCCAGUGAAAGGAGAGAAAAAUCUUAGUCUCAACGCAGUAGAAAAACUUCGAGAGGAAAAAUCACGAUUACUGCAAUCAUUGCAACAAGAAAUUAGCAACAAGGCUGCUGUUGAUGCAGAGGUAGCAAGGCUUCGCUCCCUACUAGAAAAAUCCGAGUCUGGUCUGGCAGAGGAGAAAAAUCUUGUCUUACAAUUGCAGAACGAAGUUGGCCGACUAAAGAAUGAAGUAUCCCCCGGUUUCAGGAAUUUAGAUCAAUCCACCGUAAACGGGCCACCAAUAUCAGAUUCGUCCAAGUCUGAGCCAACAGUGGUGGCGCAUUCAUUGUUAGCUGCGCUUGAAAAAUCGCUGAAGAAUACAGAGCUUGCAAAAUGUUCCAUAACCGAGCCCGCUACAGAUUUGGUUGAGUGUCGACAAGAACCCGAUACCAGCUUUCUAAUAUCAAAAACCUCCUCCCCACAAACGUGUCACAUGAUAGACCACAACACACAGGCUAGCUGGAAUCCGUUGAACAGCCAGCAACAUAAAAAGCACAAGAAAAAGAGGAAGUCCACUAUGAAACCCGUGACAAAGCGGCGCCGAUUCGCAGGGUGGUUCAGGAAAAAAGUAACAACCUCAAAGAAUAAAUUACGUUGAAGAAAAAACAGCAUCAGGGGUAAAAAGGCGGCGAUAAUAAAGAUUUGAUAAAUAGAACGAACACUGUGCGCACAUGUGCCAUUGAUGCGAGCAGUGGAAAUUUUGCUAUAAAGAAGACUAAUAUAAUGAUAAUGACGAUUAAAAAUAUUGCUGAUAAUCUUUAUUUUAAGAAAUAUCAUAUUUUAAUAUGUAAAAGAAGUAUGCAACAAAUUAACAAGUAGAUAGAUAACACAGAUUAUUGAAAAACGGUGUGUGUGACUAUUAUACAUAUAUAACUAGUUGUAGAAAUAUAAUUUCAAUAAUGCCUCUCACAUCUUGUGUUGACAAACAGAUCUUGUGUUUUCGACUUUCAAAUAUUAUUUUAAGAUACUUAAUUUCAUGUAGAAAUACGUGCUUCUUAAAAAAAAAAAGAACGAAAAAAAAAGUAGACAGCUCCGCACUACUCACAAAUAGUUUUAUUACACUGUUGCAAAGCUAUAAUCACACAAACAUCAAAAUGCAAUGGUCAGUGCUCACAUAUGGGCACAUUUAUGCCAAGUUACUUCAAAUGAUGUGCACGAGUUGUAUCUCAGAAUAAUAUUCGAAUUUCAACUAAUUGUUACGAACUUGGCUUGAGUUGAUCCAUAUCUGAAAUCAAUAGGAAUGUAAAAGAUAAAAAUCACUCACAUGGGGCACUGGCAUCUGUUAGAUAUUUAUUGUGGGUGUUCUCAAAUAUCUUGACUAAUUUUAGAGAUUUGAUUAUUUGUACAUUAUUAAGUUUCAGUUUUAAGAUGAAUUUGUACAAACGAAAUUGCAUAAAUUUACUAUCGCUAGUUAUCAAAUCAAGGCAAAUAGUGAGAUUGAGAAUUUUUCUGGCUGUGAAAAAAAAAAAGAGAAAAGUAAUACUGUCGAAUCACUAAAAAUCAUGAGUGCAGAAUAAACUUGAAUUUAGCAAUAACUUUUGGUUAUAUUUAUUAUAAUCAUCUGUGUAUUACUGAACUGAAUAUCUUUUGGCUGUCAUGCUUCAUGUGGGUAACGAUUUAUCUAUAAUUGUACAUUAAUUAGAGUUGCUGAGCUCGUAACUUUUGAUGAUUAUUGUGUAAUAAAAACGCUAUAAAGAUAGACGACGACGAUGAUGUUGUUAAUGAUGAUGAUGGUGAUGAUGUUGACGACGGUGACAACGACGGUUGUAUGCAACCAUCAAAUGUUUCUAGGUAAUCAUAUUGUGCAAUAAGAAAGGAUACAAAGAAUUUGUAAGAGUAUGUAAAGAAAGCAACAAAAAAAUAUUUAAAAAAAGAAAAACGUCUAGUACCUACUACAAUUUAUAUAACGAAGGAAGGCCAGUCUAGCAUUGGGUAAAAACCAUAAAUACUAUAAUCGCAAGAAUUUCAGCUACCGCUUGUAGAAAUUCUUUGACAUUAUUUCAAUCGAGUUAUUUAUUAAUUUUUUUUUUUCAUUAGAAUUAUUUUGAAAAUUCAUUUGGGGAAAUAUCAAUUUAAUCAGCGUGUAUACAUUCCAGAAAUAUAUAAUGUAAAAAGUGCCAAAAUAUUGUCAGCAUAGCUGAGUGCAAAAGUAGCAUUUACGAAUUAUUUGAUGUUGAAAAAAAUUGAACGAUGAAUUUCUGCAAGACAAAGCUCGGAAUGGAUUGAUAUAGCAUUUUUUCAAGUCUCAUCUGAGUAAGGGCUCAGAUUCACCUGUCCUCGUUCGCUGUACAGAUUUGAGCAGUGUAUUUGCAUCGUACUAAAUCUAGAUUUAAGUAGUGCUACUUUAUGAUGAAUUACAUACAUUGUGAAUCCUUUUUUAGAAUUGUUUUAAUAAAAAUAGCCACCAUAAUACUCAGUGAAAUUGAGUUAUUACCACAGGGUUUUAAAAAUAGGUAAAUAAAUAAAUUUCAGCGGACCUAGUGGCAUAGUCACUUUGUUUCAAAACAAUUAGCUAAUUGUAGCCACUAGGAAAAAGAAGAAAGAAUUGUUACACAGGUGUAUGCAUAAUGAUUUAAUGUUUUAUUGCUUUCAUCAUUUUGAGUUUAAAUCAAUGAUUACUACCGAAAUACUUUAUCGCUAUUUGAAGCUAAUUACAUCAGUGUUUUUCUUCAAUAUUUCAUGAAACGAAAUUUGUACAACAAAUUAUUCACUUAACUUAUAACAACGUUUUCAAUAUCUUACAAGUACAUAUGCCGAAUCUUUUCUUCAUGUACGAAAUAAUGAGCUACAUUCAUUUAUCAUGGCAAACAAUAAUUUAUUCAAUGGUAAAUUUUUUUUUUUUUACCAACUAUAUAAUUUCUAAUAACUUAAAACAAUAGUCGUAUAUUGUCGUUUUCUUCUUUUACACAAAACGUGAACACGCGUAAUUGUUAUUUUUUCUCUUUUCUAUUUUGCAGCUUCACUUUUGCCAACAGUCCACAGAUUCUUCACAGUUUUCCCCAAACCCGGACCAUUAUAAAUUAGCAAAAGCAGACCAGCUAGUG